ACCGAGAUCAACUUGUUGUUCUUGUGUUCUAGCUUUUCGUAGGUGUGUGGUGAGACUCCAAGAGUGAAACAGAGUAAGGGAGAGAUGGAAGGCGGAGAGAGCAACAGUGGCGGCAGUAGUAGUGCCGAGGGUCCUUCUGUUUUGAAUCGGAUAAUGUCCAAGUACCGCCCGAUCGUGCCGAAGCCCUUCACCGGAGGCUCACUUACGAAUAAGCUUCCUAAGAGAACCAAGAGGAAGUACGUCAGGAGGAAUAAGGAAGAGCAUAGCGGGAAACAUGAAAUGACGAGUGAACAGUGCGUGGAGACUCUGCAGCUGAUGGAGAAGAGUGGUAGCAGCGGUAACGAAAGCUCCAUGCGCGGCGGCGGAUCUAGCUUUGAGGUUGAUGCUAGGGUUGUUGAAGAUAACAACCACUGGUUGAGCCUGAGCGUAGCCGGAGAUCUGACCGCGGCGAUGGGGAGGAAACAGUUUGAGAGCGUGUCAGAUCCGUCCACCGUAAUGGAUCGGAUGGGAGGAGUGGAGUCGUGGGUGACGGUGGAGUGCGUGAGAGGAUCAUGCAUGACCGCUCCGACUUCGUCACAAGGGUUUGAGUUCGGUUUGUCCGGGGUUAGUGCCGAUGAGGAGAGAAUGAGGAGAUUGGAGAGCGACGUCUGUCCGGGGUUCAUAUCGGAUGGUUGGAACAGAGUACAGUGGCUGAACGGAGCUUUUAAAAGGAUGGUGAUGAUGACGAGGCAGCAGCAACCGCUGCCGGAGGUAACAGUGUGGUUGUCGAUGACUGAGGAGCUGCCGCUCACGACGAACUCGGCGUUCACUUGCCAAGUGAAACUGAAAUACACGGUGGUGGAGAGUCAGAAGAAGGACAAGAACUACUACUCGCAGUUGGUGCCAUGUGAUUUGUGGAGGAUGGAUGCCGGUGGAUUUGCAUGGCGGCUCGACGUUAAAGCUGCCCUCACUCUCGGCGUCUGAAAGCAACUAACUCCGUCAUAUCCCGAUCAGGUAAUAAAAAUCCAUGAUAAAAGAGGAAAUUCUCGACUGGUCUAAUGUUUGAGUCUCCCUCUGUCCGUAUAUAUGCGACCCCAUUAUUGUUGUUUACUGCAUGAUCAGCUAACCAUCUGGCACGUCGUUUUGACCAAAAUGAAAAAUAUCGGAGAGACAAAAACCCAGCUUGGGUGGUUCUCUAGGUGGCAUCAAACCGCGGCAGUAAAUAGUAAAAAGUAAAAAAAUGUGACAGUUAGAUGAAACCUUUCUAACUGUAUAUAAGUUAAUUCGUGGAGAAUAUGAACUAUAAUUUGGUGCCUAUAUAUGCUACUGCAGAAGGUGGCAUACAUCUGUUGGAGUUGAGGUGAAGAGUGCCUAUAUUAAUUAAGAUUAUGAUGUUUACUAGCAAUUAGGAAGAUGCGUGGGGACUGAGGGUGUUUUCGUGGUAGAAUAGUUCGUCUACGAAAAGUCAAAAACAAUGCAAGAGUUUCUAGGUUAUGAAUUUAUGGUAUGACGAAUUCAUCCCCGGUGUAGAUCAUUUCCACUGGCCUCACGGCUGUUGCCUCCAACUCCUGGCCUCAUAUUUUUGAAUUUCCGAUAUGUAUGAAAAAAUUUAGUAAAAGAAUAUUUCUUAUUUCAUACAUUAAAUUAAUCAUAGGGACUUGACUUGAUCUUUUCAACAACAAGUCAGAUUGUAUCUAUUACAAAUUUUGUUUUAUGUGUUUUGAUAUAUAUGACAUGUACGUAUGCAAGCUUGUUUCAUUGUCUAUUUUCAGUCUUAAAAUCUCGUACUAUCUUGUUCUUUCGAGAAAAUAUGUUUCCUUUGAGUAAAGUAUAUAUGUUUUAUAAUAUAUUGUUUCCAUUACUUGUACGUUUUCAUUGUUUUCACUAUGAUAUGGAUGCAACCUAAUUUCAUUGUUCAUCUUGUGCCUUGAAUCUCACAUUUGAACUAUAUAUAGAAUUUUUUUGUUAAUUUUUUUUAUACAUAAAGACCGAGUUUUGAGUCAUAUACUAAGAUCACAAACCUAUAUCUAAGAUGUAUUGGCUUUAUAAAGAUGAAAAAUAAAAUCGAAAUUUGUCUUCUCCAUGACCUACUUAAAAACUUAUGCCUCGUGUCAUCAUCAGAGAUAUUAAAUAAGAAACCUAAUCCCCGCCAAUUGAGGCUAUGAACUCCCCUUCCACGCCCACGC